AACGUGUGGCUUAAACCAGUGCACUCGAUUAAUCCAAAGGACAUAAUUGACUAAAAUACAGGGUGCUUUUCCGCCUCAAUCGUGAACCCUGCUACCAGCGCACACAAACAAGCCCCCGUGAGAUCGUAAUUAGGGUUUAAGAAGAAAGAGUUGAACAACGAGGAAGAAGACAGUGAUUGAAACUGUGUACCAUCGCAAAUCAUGGCCGAACCAGAAAACACCUUUCAAGCUUCACAUAAGAAGAAGAAGCGCGACAAAAAGAGGCUCCGUGAUAUUGUUGAGGAGCAAAACGGAGCAGAAGAAGAAGAUGUGAAUGAUACUCGUAGUAAUGGAGAAUCCUCGAAAAAGAUGAAGAAGGAGAAAGAGGAGGUGGAAGUAGAAAAUGAAGUAGUGGAAGAGAAAAAGGUUAAGGAUAAUAGUGGUUCUGGAAUUAUGAGCACCGAGUCAUUUGCUUCUCUCGGAUUAUCUGUACCUACUUCUAAAGCCAUUACGGAUAUAGGAUUUCAACGCAUGACUCAGAUUCAAGCAGGAUCGAUUCCGCCACUUUUGACUGGAAAAGAUGUUCUUGGUGCUGCAAGGACUGGUUCUGGUAAAACUCUUGCUUUUUUAAUUCCUGCCGUGGAGCUUUUGUACAAGCUUAAGUUUAAUCCUCGAAGUGGAGCUGGUGUUGUUGUCAUAUGUCCCACCAGAGAGCUUGCUAUUCAGACCCAUGAUGUUGCCGAGAAGCUUCUAAAGUAUCAUUCACAAACUCUUGGAUUGAUUAUUGGAGGUUCAGCUAGAAGAACUGAAGCUGAACAACUUGCUAAAGGGAUAAAUAUAUUGGUAGCUACUCCUGGUCGUCUUCUGGAUCAUCUACAAAAUACCAAGCGGUUCAUAUAUGCUAACCUGAAGUGCCUCAUUAUUGAUGAAGCUGACAGGCUAUUGGAAGCAAACUUUGAGGAUGAAUUGAAGCAGAUUAUCAAGCUCCUCCCAAAGAGUAGGCAGACAGCUUUAUUUUCAGCUACACAAACAAAGAAGGUUGAAGAUCUUGCUCGCCUGUCAUUUCAAACGACUCCUGUCUAUAUUGAUGUAGAUGAUGGAAGAAAGAAGGUCACAAAUGAAGGAUUGCUACAGGGUUAUGUUGUUGUUCCCUGUGCCAAGCGAUUUAGUGUUCUCUAUUCCUUCUUGAAGAGGCACCAAUCAAAAAAAGUGAUGGUCUUUUUCUCUUCAUGCAACAGUGUCAAAUUCCAUGCCGACAUUUUCAAUCACAUUAAUCUGCAUUGUGCAAAUAUUCAUGGAAAACAAAAGCAGCAGACCCGGACAGCUGCUUUCAGAGACUUCUGCGAAGCAGAAAAUGGGGUCUUGCUCUGUACUGAUGUUGCUGCUCGUGGUUUGGACAUACCUUCCGUGGACUGGAUUGUGCAGUAUGAUCCGCCUGAUGAGCCAAAGGAAUAUAUUCACAGGGUUGGUAGAACAGCUCGUGGGGAAGGUGGAAAAGGCAAUGCCUUGCUUUUUCUGAUUCCUGAAGAAUUGCAGUUUCUUCGCUAUCUAAAGAUAGCUAAGGUCCCUGUGAAAGAAUAUGCUUAUGAUGAAAAGAAGGUGGCUAAUAUACAGUCUCACCUGGAGAGUUUGGUUGCUGGAAAUUAUUUUUUGAAUAAAAUGGCUAAGGAAGCAUAUAGAUCAUACAUAUUAGCAUAUGAUUCACAUUCCUCGAAGGAUAUAUUCAAUGUUCAACACCUCGAUCUGCAGGCUGUUGCAGCUUCAUUCUGUUUUUCAAACCCUCCAAAUGUGAGUGUAAACAUAAGCAGCAGUAAGCAAAGGAAGAAAACACGUAGAGUUGAUGGUGGCAGACAUGGAUUCAACCCCAACAAUCCUUAUGGAAAGCGAAAUGCUGAUGAUGUGCGGCAGUUUGUGAGGCAUUAACAGCAAGCGUGCCACAAUGCGAUACAGUUGAAAAAGUUUUGGUAGAAUUUUUAUGAAAUUAGAUUUUAUAACUUACAAUUUUUCCACAUAAGAUUAUUCAAGCCAUCAGAAUUUUCGACAACUGGAAAUUUCUCUGCAACCUUGUACCUGAAUAAUACCACCUCAUCAUGUUUCCGGUUUGUAAUUAUUUUAUUGUUAAUUUUGAUCAUUAACUUUUAUACCUGGCUUCUGAAAAGCAAUGGAAAUGGAAAUACAAAACUGAGUUCAAUUGUUUA